AUGAGCCGGAAUAUUCGGAGGCAAGCCCAAGAAUGCGACAACGAAGGGGAAGCCAACUAUUGCAACAUCCGUCUCCUAGUGAAAUCGCGGACUCUUAUGCGUGCUGUUGACCCCCCCUCGCCCCCCCCCCACCCCACCCCAACCCCAACCACUGGUCUGAUCAAAUUUCACAAACCGCGAAGUGUGCCUGCGGCGAGAGGCGGGAAGUGUAUCGAAGCGCGCUACCGUUGUGCGUGCGUGCGUGCGUGCGCCUGUGACACCUGCGCGCGUCAGGGCAAUCGUUACACAGGCACGCACGAGUUUGGGGACAAACACAUGUUUGCUCGCGCGUGCGUGCGUGUGAAGCGUCACCUUGUGGUUACCCACCCCCCCCCGCGCGCACCUGUCUGUCUGAUUGUGUCGGGGAUCGCGAGUGGCACUCAACGGACACCCAAGUCCAUAACUGAUCCACGUUAG